UAUGGGGCUGAGGAAUUGAUUUUCAGAAAGGGGAUCUUCUGCGCAAUUUUUUAGGGUUUCUCUACAUUGUGGAUGAUCAGAUUGGUGUAGAAAGGAAGCAUGCAAACGAUGAGGCGUUGCAGGAGAGAAUGGCUCCUCGUCCUGUGCCUCAUCGCUCUGCUGCUCCUCAUUCCGAUAGGCUGCGAGGGGGUGUCACCACCUGCUCUGACGCCACCCCUCAUCAAUCAAGUUGACCAAUUGGUGGAACAUGUGUGGGUCAAGUGUGGGCUGGACAAGAGAGCUCUUGAAGACGUUAGAAAACACUUCAACUACAACCAUGUAUUCGAAAUCCUGCGUAGAAUGUCUGGGCAAGACGGCAAGGGCACCUCUCCUGACACUGAAGACGAAGGGGCCAGUGUGUUAUCACCAGAAAUCAGGAACAGCAUCCUGAACUGUCUAAGCAAGCAGAACUUGCUGAGCAUCGUAGGGCAGGAUGGGUUGAAGGCCUUGUCUGCUGAUUACAUCAAAGCACUUGUUGCCUCGCUAAGAAGUGACAUUAACCAGGGAUCGUCUGCACCUGCAAAUCCAUCGCCUGAACAAGCAGCAACCCAAGAAACUGGGCAAGCUGCCCCAGGGAAAACUCCUCCUGUGCCGAAACCUGCAGAGAAGCCAGCCGGCAGUGGAUCAUCUCCAUCGGAUAGUUCAUCAAAAUCAGCUCCUGCAGAGAAGGAUAGUUCAUCAAAAGCAGCAGCGGAAAAGGAGGAGAGCAGUGGGAUGCCGGCCACAGCUAUCAUCGGUUUGUCGAUUGCUGCUGUGGCUCUCAUCUGCUUGUGCUGCUGCAUGUUCCGUGGAAACAAGGAUUCUUCAGAUGACCUGAGGGAUGAUAAACCACUCCUGACUCUAAAUCUGAGCAAUUUGUCCGCUGCUUCUAAAUCCUCCCAAGGAAAUCCAAUUGAUGUCAAUAAGCUUGGAGCAUUAUCGUUGAAGUCAGAGGCUGGUCAGAACGGAGGCGUGAAACUGAAUAAUCCACAGGCAGGCGCAAACAGUGCGGUGCACCCCCACCCAGUGGGCUCUGUGUCAGCCUCCUCGUCGUCGUCGUCGUCGACGACGACGACGACGACGCCGGUGCCGCCUCCUGUGAUGCCACCACCGCCUGCUGCUCCUCCUCCACCUCCCAAGGCUCUUGCUCCACCACCACCUCGAGCUCCGGCUCCGGCUCCGGCUCCCAUGACUCCAUUACAAGCUUCUCCGGCUCCUCCUCACCCAGAGCCCUCACUGCCACCACCUCCUGCUCCUAGCGCUGCACCUCCACCGCCACCACCGAGAUCUACCGGACCACCGAGAUCUACCGGGCCACCACCGCCGGCCAUGCCUGGCUCCUCGAAAACACGCCCGCCGCCGCCUCUCAAGAAGCCAGGAGGCGCCAAGGCGGCGGCGGCGGAUCCUGCUGAAGCCAAAGCGAAGCUCAAGCCAUUCUUUUGGGACAAAGUGACUGCCAAUCCUGCUCAGUCCAUGGUGUGGGAUCACCUGAAAUCAGGAUCGUUCCAGUUCAAUGAGGAUAUGAUUGAGAGCCUCUUUGGUUAUAAUUCAACUGACAAGAAAGGCGGUGACGCCAAGAAAGAUUUAGCAUCAAAAGAUGCCGCUCAAUUUGUAAGGAUACUUGACCCCAAGAAGGCGCAGAACUUGGCUAUAUCGUUGAAGGCGCUUGGUGUUUCACCUCAGGAAGUAUGCAGUGCAGUUAAUGAAGGAAAUGAACUUCCGUCUGAUUUGAUACAGACCUUACUAAGAUGGGUCCCAAGCAAUGACGAGGAGCUCAGGCUUCGGUUAUACACUGGGGAACUCUUUCAACUUGGUCCUGCAGAGCAAUUCUUAAGAGCAAUAAUAGACGUUCCUUAUAUUUUCCAGCGCCUAGAUACAUUGCUAUUCAUGGCCAAUUUACCAGAAGAAACUUCAAAUGUGAAGCAAUCUUUUGCCACUUUGGAGGUGGCCUGCCAGGAGCUUACAAACAGCCGUCUUUUUUUGAAGUUACUAGAAGCUGUCCUCAAAACAGGAAAUCGAAUGAAUGUCGGCACUUUCCGUGGUGAAGCUCAGGCCUUCAAGCUCGACACUCUCCUUAAGCUGUCUGAUGUCAAAGGAACUGAUGGAAAGACAACGCUAUUGCAUUUUGUCGUUCAAGAAAUCAUUCGUUCCGAAGGUGUCCGUGCUGAACGGGCUGCAAAGGAGCAGAACAGUAGUGUAUCCAGCGUGAGCACAGAUGAUCAAACUGGUGACGAUAACGAGCAAACUGAAGACGGUUACAAACAACUUGGACUGACGGUUGUGUCCAGCUUAGGAGAUGAACUUCGAAACGUCAGGAAGGCAGCGAUCCUCGACGCAGAUCAGUUGACUAUGUCGGUAGCGAGUCUUGGCCACAAGCUUGUGAAAACCAAUGAGUUCUUGAACACGAGCAUGAAAAGUUUGGACGAAGACAGUGGGUUUCACCACAAGCUUAAGCACUUCGUGGAGCAGUCUCAGGUCGAUAUUAGUUUCUUGCUGGAGGAAGAGAAGAAAAUACGGUCGCUGGUUAAAACCAGUGUCGACUAUUUCCAUGGCAGUGCAGGAAAGGAUGAGGGCCUCCGGUUAUUUGUGGUAGUAAGAGAUUUCCUUGCAAUGCUGGACAAGGUGUGCAAGGAGGUGAAAGAAGCAUCAAAAGUUGCUCCAAGUAAAGCAAAAGCCAAACAGCCAUCCCAAUCGCUGCAGUCAUUCCGUGAUCCACGGGUUAAUCUUUUUCCAGCGAUUCAGGACCGGAGGGUAGAUAGCUCGAGCUCAAGUUCUGACGACGAAAGUUAGAUCAACAUUCCUUCCAAAGUAUGUGUUACAUUGCAGUUUCAGUGCGAGAAAAUUCAUGGGGAAAAAUGUCACAGGUUGAGCAGAAUCGAGCUGCUAUCAUUGGGGUGUUAUCUGCUCCGACCCUGCAUUCUUCACUUCGGAUCCUAUCAAGCAAAAGAGUUAAACAAAACUGAGACUGCAUAGAAUUGGAAGGGGAUUGCUUACUCUCCUAGUAAAAUUUGUCAGGGAAUGGAAGAAAACUGACCUCCUAGUUCCAUGUUAGGGCAGGGAUAAGACUCUGAUAGUCUGAUACUGUAAUUUUGUUUUUGUUACAUAAUUGUACAACCACAGAAAGGAAGAUGUAUAGAUAGAAAGUGAGAAAGGAAGAAAAGGGCACCACAUGAACUGUACUCUUUAGUUUCAUUAGCUCCAUGCAACUUUUGCUGUA